GUUGGUUAGGCUCCUCCCCUUUGGGGGCGGAGCAAGCCAUUCCACGAUCGUUUUCCACGAUAUACCAGUACACGGUACACGGUACGCGCACACGAUAUACCGCGGCCCCAUUCUUGUGACUUGUUCAAUUUUCUGUGUUAAAUUUGCCUGACGCCUUUAGUCAUUAAGAUGCAAACAGGCAAUCCGUUGGAAUCACAGAAAAACACAACAGUUGAAGCUGUACCUAGUGAUGAAGAAUUUUUUUGCAAAUGGGUUCUUUACUAUGAAGUGGGGUUAUCACGUGUCAGAAUAUGGGAUUUGGCCAUUUUUGUCCCCAACUUUAUCUUCUUCUUGUUUAUGCUUGUCCAGUUCAACAGAGCUAGACUGAAAUUAAGAGCUACAUCAAGCCCCAUAUUUGCCACAUUUUUUAGUUUGGUGGUGUUAAAUGUUUUAAUUAGUCUAAUUCGAUGUGUAGUCUCAAUGACAGUAAAUGCCUCCUUAGCAGCAGGAGAUUAUGCAGAUAAAGUUUUGUGGAUAAUAGUGCGUUUUUUUCUCCUUUCAACUGAAAUGAGUGUAGUCAUAUUUGGUCUUGCAUUUGGGCACCUUGAAAGCAAAACCAGUAUUCGAAGAGUACUGUUGGCAACCUCAUGUAUUUCUCUAGCAUUCUCAGUUAGUCAAGGAGCUCUAGAAUUUGUUUCCCCUGAUGAAUCAUUUCAUGUUCAUACAAAGGACUAUGAUUUAUUUGGUCAUGGUGGAAUGAUGUUCUGGUUUGUUUCCUCCAUAGUUUUUGCAUCUGUGUAUGCAAUCAUAACUUUGUUACCAUGGUCAAGAUUAAGAGAACGACUUGCGCUACCAACCAAGAAAAAUUUUUAUUAUUACGUUGGCAUGCUCUCUGUACUUAAUGGAAUCCAAUGUGUCGGCAGCGGACUUCUUCUAUAUCGCGUGACGGAAUGUGGUCUAUGUAUUGUGGAUGUUACCACACUGCUUUACUACACUUUUCUGACGCCCUUCGUCUACUAUACGUUCUUGGCAGAUUUUUUCAGUGUCGCUCAACCUGUUCUUCUGUUUUCAUACAAAUCCCAAAUAGACGACUCCGGAGAAGAGGAAAGUGUUUCCCUACCUCACCAACAUUCGUUUUCAUCGCUGAAAGCGGAUUCGGACUACAUUUAUCAAGCCAAUGGCUUCUAUGAUAGCACUCAAUUGGAUACGAGCUCUACUCCGAUUCAUCCGUUGUAUGCAGUGUCUCUCCGGAGCCCUGACAGUGUUACAGGUUAUAGUAUCUCUAGUGUAAAUGCUGACCAGUCGGUCGCUUUCCAUCAGUAAAAGAAAAGGGAGUAUGUGAAUCUGCUUAACUGAAUCCCGUUGUGCUGAAACGCUUACCGUGAUUUUUCGUAAAUAUUACUUGUACUAUCAAAGAAGCCACCAAAAAUUUUCGGUAAUUUGAGAAACGCUCAUAAGCCGCCAUGCGACAUCGCUUUACGUCUGAUUUGGUUGGUGGACAAAAAUGAAAUUUUUGUCCAGUUUCCUAGAUGCUAAGACUUCUCAUUGGAAAAGUCAGAGUAUCGGUUGCUGCAACUGAAGUUGUAAACAAUUUUACAAUGAUGUUGCAAAUCAACUUUCCCCCAUUAGUGGGUUAAUGCAAACUUUUGAAAGUUGUAAAUGUUUCCGUAAUUUUCCUUAGAUCUAAAUGGGAAGACGGUAUUUUACCUGAUUCUUCAACUGAUUUUCAUUGACUGAAGUAUAGGUAAAUGAAGGGUUAAAGAUCUGGUUCAGAACUGAUUUGUUUUUUGUUGGCUUGCAGCUUGCGGGUUUCCGGGUAAGGAAGUUAAGAUCCAAAACCGAAAAAAAAAUUUUUCACUACAAGCUUUAGUCAUACUUUUCUUCUCCCCGGUGCGCUACGUGCAUAUCUCUGUAACGUAGUUGAACCAAAAGAUAACCAGUCACGUAAAAAUGUUUCAUCCUCUGUCACUGGAAAUUGUCAUGGAACUAUACCACGCAUGUCACCAUUUCUGAAUAUUAUAUGGCCAUUUAAAGUUCACUCUAUCCUGAUAACAAGCUUAAGGAAAAAUAUUGUUUCCAAUAUCCGUUAGCAAUUUGAAAGAGAGUAAGGAGGAUUUUCAAUUAUAAUUUUGAUUUUUUAUUUGUCGUCUUGGUUCUGAAGAAAAAUUAACUCAGUGAUACGAACAACGUCACUGAGGUGAUGGUUGUCAUGGCGGCUUACGUUCGUUCGAAGUUUUCCCAUACACGACUUGGUUGCUGUAAUUGAAUUGUUUGUAAAAGAGAACUAGAAUCAAACGUGAGUUUUUAAUUAAUCUUAUGACACAAGCGCUCACCCUUAUGCGAAUACUAGUCAUAGAGAUGGCAUAUACUUAUGAUAUUUAUACGAAUUUAUCUACGUCCGUUUCAUUAUCAAUUAUGUAACUUUGUCAUUUGGUUUUAAUACAACAUGGAUCAACCCUG